AUGGCCUCCCAAGACAAGCACGACGACACAGGCUCUGAUACGGCUUCAGAGUUCCACACCCCAAUCUUGACGCCCGCAACGACAUCCGUAGCAGGCGAAGAUGUCGAGGACGAUCAUGUAAGCGACAUACCGUGGCCCGGCAAGCACUUCUACAUCAUCGAAAAAGAGACGGGUAAAGCCAUCACCAUGGUCGAUGACAGGCCAGUCCUCAUGGACCUCCAAGGCGUCCGCGAUCCCGCCACCAUGUGGUAUUGCGUCGAGAAGCAAGGCUCAGCAGUUUCCUUUCACCUGUUCGAGAUGCCGUAG